AGGUCGCAGCAUUACCCAUUUGCGAGCACAUUCCGGUUCAGUAUAACACAAAUCAGUUUGUUACAAGAACUCCAACAGACAAUGGCCGUCGAAGAAAUACUAAAUCAUCCUAGUGUACGGGUGCGUAAUAAAAGUGUGGUAGAAGCAAAGCUGAAUGCUAUACUCAAAGGAGGAAGCGAACAAUUAGCGGUGAUAUCCGAUUUCGAUUUCACUUUGACAAAGUCCAUAGAUGAAAGUGGAGAAAAAUGUUUGGGUAGCCAUGCGGUAAUCAAUCAUCUCCUUCUAUCACUUCAUCCAGAGUUGACGGAUCAGGUGAAUGCUGUGAAUUCUAAGUAUGUAGCUAUAGAAUAUGAUCCCCAUCUAAGCAAGGAAGAGAAGAUACCACACAUGAUUGAAUGGUGGACUAAAGCACACGAGAACUAUAUAAACUUUGGUAUACAUCGAGACGAUAUUGAACGCAUAGUUGAAAAUACUAAUAUAAAACUUAGAGACGGAGCAGGUGCUAUGCUGAAACAUCUCGAGGCUGCUUCCAUUCCCAUGCUGUUAUUCUCAGCAGGUGUGGGGAAUGUCAUUGAAGCUUUCUUGCGACACCAAUUGGGAUCUAUACCCAAGAACAUCCACAUCAUAUCAAAUAUUUUGUAUUUCAACGAAAAUGGAUUUGUUAGGGCUUGCUCUGAACCUCUUAUUCAUGUUUUCUGUAAAGACUCGACGGUGAUUCCACAUGAUGCUCCUUUUUUUGACGAUAUAGCUCAUAGAGGAAAUGUUCUUCUACUCGGAGACAGUCUUGGUGAUCUCCAUAUGGAUGUGGGAGUCAAGCACAGUGGGACUGUGUUGAGGAUAGGCUAUUUGAACAGUAAUGCUGAAAGAUUGCUGGAACUUUAUUUGGAUGGUUUCGAUAUUGUUUUAGUAGAAGAUCAAACAACGGAUGUUCCUGAUCUCAUUCUCAAAGCUCUUAUUUGACGACUUAGGCCCCAAAACGGCAUAGGGAUGUGAUUCCUCUGGAUCAUGCAUAAAACCUCAAUCAGGGAUUAUGUGCAUUGUGCACGUUAAUUUCUCAUCUGCUCUGACAAUUUACUCGUCUCUUUAAUAAGUGUUUAUUAUGUGCAGAGUUAAGAUGCUUACUAUAAAGCAUAUAUGAAUAUGUGAC